AUGACUGGUUUCUCAAGCUCCUUUUUCUUGUUUGCUUGUGCAAUGUGGGAGACAGUCAACGCAGACAUCAAACAGUUAAUCCAAUUCAAAAUCAUUACAUCAAUGGAUAAGAAAUGGUGGGGUCCUAUUAGAAAUUACAAAUACAAAUCAGGAGCCCAAAAAAGAAAGGAGAAAUUAAGGAAGGAACUCUUGCAAAAAAGUCAGGUUGGCUCUCUCAAUAAGUAUUUUAAUACAAAUAAUGUAGACAAUUUUGUAGUGAAUGAGAAUGACAUUGAGAAUCAAUUUGAUAUUGAAAGUAAUGAGAAUGAGAAAAGUUCAAGUGAUGUGAAUGAAAAUGAAGAAUUGAAUCGAACAUUUAAUGAGAAUAAGAAAACUUCAAGUGAUGUCAAUGAAAAUGAAGAACUGAAUCAAACAGUGAAUGAGAAUGAGAAAACUUCAAGUGAUGUAUUCAACUUUCCUUUUGAUAUUGAUGAUCCAAGAAAUUGGGAUAGGAUUGGUCAUAUUAAUAUGACAAACUUUAUAGUUGAAAGAGGUCCAAAAAGAGUCAUUAAGGAAGAGUUUACUAGGGAUGCUUCUGGUAGGAAUUUUUCUUCAUGGCAUUAUAUUAGAGAAUUACCAAAUGGAGAGAAACAAGAUAGGAAGUGGUUGAUAUAUUCAGUUUCUUUAGAUAAAGUAUUUUGUUUUUGUUGUAAAUUGUUUGCAACAAAGAAGCAUCUUGUGGGUUUUUUAGCUGAGGGAGGUUUUAAUGACUGGCAUAAUAUUUCUGAACGACUAAAAAGUCAUGAACGAAGUACACAACACAUUGAGUCAAUUGCUAGUUGGGUGGAAUUAGAAAAACGACUGAAAAUGAAGUUAACAAUUGAUGCAAGUUUAGAAGAACAAGUUAAUCAAGAGAAAAAACAUUGGAAACAAGUGUUAGAGAGAAUUCUUGCUAUUGUGAAAAGACUUGGGCAAAAUAAUUUGGCAUUUCGAGGAGAUUGUGAAAAACUAUAUGAGAAAAACAAUGGGAAUUUCUUACAAAUUAUAGAAUUACUUGCUGAAUUUGAUUCAACUAUGCAAGAACAUGUUCGUCGCAUUUUAAGAGGUGAGACUCAUUAUCAUUAUUUGAGUCACAAGAUUCAAAAUGAAAUGAUACAACUACUGGCAACUGAGGUGAAAAGCUCCAUAAUUAGUAGAAUUAAAGAAGCAAAAUAUUUUUCAGUCAUACUAGAUUGUACUCCAGAUGCAAGUAAUGAUGAACAGAUGUCUCUUGUUUUAAGAUGUGUGAAUGUUUCAGAAAGUCCAAUAUUUGUUGAUGAGUAUUUUCUAGAAUUCAUAAAAGUUCAUGACACAUCAGGCCUUGGUUUGCUUAAUGAACUUUUAGAUGCGUUGAAUAUUCUUGGACUUGAUGUUGAUAAUAUAAGAGGACAAGGAUAUGACAAUGGAUCUAAUAUGAGAGGAAAGAAUAAAGGUGUACAAACUAGGCUACUUGAAAUGAAUCCUAGAGCAUUUUACACUCCUUGUGCCUGUCAUUCUCUAAAUCUUUUACUUUCUGAUAUGGCUCAUUGUUGUCCCAAGGCUGUGUCUUUUUUUGGUGUGGUACAACGAAUAUACUCAUUAUUUUCAGCUUCUACAAAAAGAUGGAAAGUAUUUAGAGAUCAUGUGCCUGGUCUCACUGUUAAGCCAUCAUCGGAAACACGUUGGGAAAGUCGUGUUGACAGUGUUAAAGCAAUAAGAUUCCAAGCUCCACAAAUAAAAGAAGCUUUAAAUUACUUGGCAGAAAGCAAUGAAGAUGCCAAAACAAAAAGUGAUGCUGAAACUUUAGCAACAUAUAAUAUUCAGAAUUUUGAGUUCUUGGUGAGCAUGGUUAUUUGGUAUGAUUUGUUGUUUGCUGUUAAUACUGCUAGCAAGAUCCUGCAAAGUGAAGAUAUGCAAAUUGAUGUUGCUAUCAAAGAGUUAAAGAUUCUACUUUCAUUUCUUCAAAAAUAUAGAGAAACUAGUUUUGAGGAGGCUUUGACUAAAGCUACUGAGAUUGCAAGUAUGAUGGAAGUUGAACCUGUAUUUAUGGAGAAACGAAAAGUUUACAGGAAAAAACAGUUUGAUGAAAGUGUCAAUGAGGAGGUGACACAAUCAGCAGCAGAGUCAUUUAAAAUUGAUUAUUUUCUUUACAUAAUUGAUCAAGCUAUUUCAUCAUUUAAAACCAGGUUCGAUCAAUUUCAGAAUUUCAGACUAUUGUUUGAUUUUGAGAAAUUAAAGUCUGCAGAUGAUGACUCUUUGAAGAAUUUUUGUAUCAAUCUUACAAACUUAAUGAAGCAUGGUGAGAUUUCAGAUCUUGACAAUGAUGGCCUAUACCAAGAGUUAUAUAUGUUGCGUCAAAGUUUACCAAAAGAAACCAAAAGAGCUAUCGAUGUGUUGAGCUAUAUAAAAGAAGUGGAUGGCAGUUAUCCAAAUGCUUCGAUUGCUUAUAGGAUUUUUCUAACUAUUCCGGUCACUGUUGCCCAUGCAGAAAGGAGUUUUUCCAAAUUGACCUUGAUCAAAUCUUAUCUCCGUUCAACCAUGUCUCACGAAAGAUUAAGUGGUUUAGCUAUGUUAUCCAUUGAAAAGGAUAUAGUUGCAAAACUUGAUUAUGCAAAUUUAAUUAAUACUUUUGCAUCUAAAAAUGCAAGACGUAUAAUAUUUAAGUAA